AGGUCUUGAACCCCUCAAACAAGAGAAAGAAAAACACACAAUCAAUCUCGGAAUUGUCGGACAAAGACUUCUCGUUUGCUUGCUUUUUUUUUUCUUUCGUGACCCUGCGCUAAUAAACCUAGCCCAAAUGUCUCCUUCUCAAAUAAACGCAGGCCCCGGCGGCAUGGUGGCAGUGUCGCUGCUGCGCCCCCCGGCGGCGGCCGCUGCCUGGCUGCUCCUGUGCUGCCUUGGCGGCGGGAUGGCCGCGCCGGACCCCCGCCAGAGAGACGACCUCAUACGGCGGGAGGCCUCCAAGCAGACCGGCGGCCGGCUGCCGCUGACGGCCGCCGAGCAGCGGCUGGACGCCGCCUUGUUGAAGAUGAAGCAGAACGAGACGUGGAGGGCGGACUUUCCUCCCGCCAUGCACUUCUUCAGGGCCAGGCCCCUCAUCAGGACCAGUCCCAUCUUCCACCUGCUGCAGAAGAUGCCCAAAGGGGGAGCUCUCCACGUCCACGACUUCUCCAUGGUAGACGUGGAGUGGCUGGUGAAGAACGCCACCUAUCGCCCCCACUGCUACAUGUGCCUCACUGACAAGCGCUCCAUCAGGUUCGUCUUCUCGUCCCGAUGGCCCAAAGCUCUGCCGCGCUGCUCUCCCUGGACCCUCCUGGAAAACCUCAGGGCCAAGAUGGUCAAUACCACGGAUUUUGACGACAGCAUCAUGGGCAACAUGACGCUGUUCAGCGAUCAGGACCCGGAGGUGCUGUACCCCUCGCAGGACGUGGUGUGGGAACGGUUUGAGCAGGCCUUCGCCGCCUUGUGGGGCCUGGUCACCUACGCUCCUGUGUUCAGAGACUAUUACUACCAAGGCCUCACCCAGUUCUACACGGACAACGUUAUGUACCUGGAACUGCGAGCUUUGCUCCCGCAGACGUACGAGUUGGACGGCAGCACUCACGACACAGCCUGGACUCUGAAGACCUACCAGGAGGUCACCAAGCAGUUCACGGAGGACCACCCGGGCUUCUUCGGAGCGAGGAUCAUCUUCACCAUCCAAAGGCGGGUGAAUGCGUCAGUGAUGGCCAGCACCGUGGAGGAGGCCAUGAAGCUGCAGAGCGACUUCCCAGAAGUCAUGGCGGGCUUUGAUAUGGUGGGCCGCGAGGACAAAGGCCGACCCCUGUGGUACUUCAGAGACGCCUUGUCACUGCCAGCAGAGAGAGGGGUGACGCUUCCUUUCUUCUUCCAUGCCGGAGAGACCGAUCUCGAGGGCACAGAAGUGGACCAGAACUUGCUGGACGCUCUUUUGUUUAACACUUCCCGUAUUGGCCAUGGAUUUGCUCUGGGGCGACACCCACUGGCCAAGGAGCUGUCCAGAAAGAGGGGGGUGGCUGUGGAAGUGUGUCCCAUCUCCAACCAGGUGCUGAAGCUGGUCAAUGACAUGCGAAACCACCCGGCAGCUGCGCUGAUGUCAGAAAACCACCCGCUGGUCAUCAGUUCUGACGACCCCGCCAUGUUCGGCGCCUCCGGACUCUCUUACGACUUCUACGAAGCGUUUGUGGGCUUCGGUGGGGUGAGAUCAAACUUGGGCACCCUCAAAAAGCUAGCUAUGAACUCUAUCAGGUACAGUUCUCUGAAUGCAAAGCUACAGGACAAAGCGCUGGCUGGGUGGAAAGAAAGAUGGGAUAAGUUUGUCUCGGAAAAUUCUUUUUAGAAAUAAAACAUCUGAGCGGCUAUCUUCGAAUGCCUUUAUGCUUUUUUUUUUUUUGAGAAACCUUAAAAGCACAAGUGCAUUUUCAAUGAUAAUAAGCCAAAUGUGGAAAACUGCUCCACAGGAUGGCAGGUUUGUCGACAAAGCUGGUCUGGGGGAAAAGCACUGGGAUGAAUGAGGAAAAAGGGAUUCUUGAUUUUGGAUUUUUGAUGAUCACAGGGGAUUUUGCCACAUACAAUUUAAGGGGAAUUACUUGAACGACAUAUGAGCAGUUGUAUUACAGGUGGAACGCAUUGGGAAAAUCUGAAUUUUUUUUUUUUUGUCAAACGUUAUUUAGAUCUUGCUCUUGCAAAACAGGUUAAUUACGGCCACAAAUAACUAUUUUCUACCAAAUAUUUGUUAUUCUUUGCACAGAUAGAACAUUAUUUGCGUUGUACUAACAAGAUGCUUGUACAUUUCAUUUGUUGUGUCUGAUGGAACAAUUUUGUUUACUUGAACAUUAUUUUGUUUAUUCAAUUAUUUGAAAAAGCACAGAAUGUACAAUUCUGUUGAGGCGGUGGAGCAAGGACAUUUUUCUUCCAAAGUGGGUCGUGAAAGAAAGUUUGAGAACCACUAUUUUAAACCAGAAUAUCGUUUUCACCUAAUUUCCUUUACAUGUACACUACCACUACUUCAAUUAAAUGACAAAGUGUGUCCUAA